AUGUCAAAUUUCGGUGCUUUAUUUGAAUCAGAUACACUUCGUCGUUUAUCGACACGCCUUAUUCUAAUAACAUCGGCAUCAUUAUUAACAUCAACGGUGACGUGUACAACUCAAAAUAUAUUUGUGUUAACUUAUAUGUGUGGAGUUAUAGCCAUGGCCAUUGAAGGUGGUGUAGCAUUGUAUUAUCAAUUUCGUGGUGAAUGGAGGGAAUUUCGCUGGUUUUCACCUUCCAUUCUCGUCUUCAUUGUCACUACAACACCAACAUUGUCUAUUUUAAAAUCACAUCAACUUCAUUUGUACACGCAAAUUGAAUAUAUGGGAAUAAACACAUUUAUUAAAAAGAAUUUUUCAGAGUGUUUUGAAUAUGUAAAAGAUACAAAUAAUCCGGCAUCUAAUGAUAUAGGAAAGAAUAAUGUUAAGACUCAUUUGAGUGAUGAACGAGCUCCGCAAUAUUUCUAUCGAUGUGGAAACGACAGUGUGGCACAUGCAAGAUAUUUUCAAGAUCCAGAACAUUUUCGUGUCAUUUGUGAAAUGUUAAUGAGAGUUCAAUAUCGUGAAUGUGACAGAGAGGAAAGGGGAUCUAUAAAACACUGUAGUAUUGAAUACGACAGUUAUAAACAACAUUCGUGGUUAGAACGUUGUAAACAUACAAGAAAUUUUAUGAAUCAUUUAACCAUUGUUGGUGUUACAGGAGACGAAUUAGCCGGUUUCAUGUUAAUAGAACAAGUUUUACUUAUUGUACUGGUUAUUGUCAAUUGGAUUUGGCCGCAAACUCAGAGCGCGCACGAAGUACAUUUUGCACAAAUGUUAUGUCAAUAUUUAGCAGCAGCACCCGAUAUUGCCGAGUUCUACGGUAAUUUUUAUCAGGGAGGUAAUAUGGACGCCAUUCAAGAUGCCGCAGUGUUGGAGAGCGCUAUUUUUAUUGCAUUCGUUCUCAGUUGUACUCAGUUUCUCUUUAAUAUUCAAAUGAGAAUGGAUCCAACGCCAGUCUUACACGCAAAAUCCUGGGACACAUUAACAUUUGAUCAAAAACUGUUGACUGGAUUUGAACUUGCUUUUUGUACUUCACUGUGGUCUGCCAUCUAUUUAGCAGCAACUCAAGAUUUGCCUUUUUUUGUUAUAAGAUUAUAUUUUUGCUUAUCAAAAGCAGAUAAAUCGAAAAAGAUGGUCUUUUUUAUGAUGAAAAAUGCAAUGACAUUGACGAUAAGUUUACAUGCAGCCAUUAUCGAAGUGAAAAAUUUCAAACAAGAACAAAUUGAAAAAGAAGAAAAGAGAAAACUAGCUAAGAGAAAGAGUAAACGGAGAACAGCAUAA